UGUCCAGUUUGGCGCUUUUUCAACAGUGGAAAAGUUUAUUGUUGUUGUGUUUUUAACGACAAUUUCAAUAAACAAUGAAAGGAAAAGAAAAGUAACAAAUGAAAGGAGCUAACAAUGAGAAACGAUUAGAAGUAGCAAAUGUGGAUGAAAUGGACGAAAAGAAGUUAGAAGAAUUUGAAAGGAUUUCACCGAGAUUUGUUCUUGUUGACAAUUUGCCCUUUAAAAAUGGCGAAUAUUUUCGGAAAAAGUAAUUAAAAAGAAACGUGUUUCAUCGAUCUUAUAAGGAUGACCGUCAAAAAUUGAACUUAAAAGGUCACUAUCCCUUGGUUCAUUCAGAGUCAAUAUUAUCGACCCUGAUAGUCUUUUAUGGUUUAACAGAGGCGAUUGUUUCUAUGGUGACCCUCGAUCGAAGACGGGCAAACUCUUUCGGCGCACAGGAAUUUUUGAGUUUGCGCUUUAUUUUUUUUGUUACGUGUCCGAAGAGAAUGAUUGGAAAACCUUCUCUGGUGGAUCAAAAGAAAUUACAAUGGGCUAAAGAAAGAGAAGAAUUGGGAAGACUUGGCGGAAGUUGGGGUCCUAUGAAAUUUUCCGAUUCGAUUCGUUCAGCUGUACGUUCGAGAAUAUGCCUGACGGAGUUAAAUGGCAAGCAUCAAUUUCCUCUCCGCGAAGGCGCUCAUUACGGAAGUACCAUGAGUCUGAGAAGUUUGGCGUCUGACAAUUCUGGAAUUUGCACCUCAAGUAUUCAAAAUUUGGAUUUCUCGAAUGGUGGUGUCAUUACUCUUCAUGAUAAAAUUGAAAAUCAUCACACAGCGAGACGAAGGAGUCCCAGUUUGCCUCCGAUUCAUAACAAUAAGGAACAAUAUCAACAUUUUCUUCAGGAACAAAGAGCUCUCGGUGUCGACGGGGUUCGUUAUCAGCCGAAACCUCAGAAAUACAAUCAUCAUCAUUCCACUGCUCGACACAAUAAUCCAAACGAUUCCUGCUGCCAUCCCUACGAGGAAAAAGAAGGCGAGACUUCCGGCUACGCCAGUGAUUCCGUCGAGGCGACUGUCACUUCACUCCAAGAUCCAUUGAUGUCUUGCAAGUCGUCGGACAUUGUUAGCAAUGAGAAAACUUGGCAGAAUCCUUACUAUACUGAUGACAGUUCAUUACCACCGUCGAGAAGAAUUAUUAGUAUCAAGGGCAGUGAAUUUAAUCGCCAACGAUGGGGAAGCAUUUGGGGUCAGGAUCCUCUGAAGGGAGAUCCGCCUCCACCUUCCUGGUUGGAAAGAGGCCUCUCUCGUCUGGACCAUUCUAGUCAGGUUUUGGUUAUCAAUCAUGACAGUGCAAGCAGUCCUGACAGUUCAACGACGGGAUCGACCGGCUCCAACAAAACUUACUUGCGAGGCCAAAAUUUGCCAAUCGAUGCUAACGUUCUUCAAGAACGCGAGAGUCGGAGACAAAAGGCCGUUGAACUGCAAAAUGCUAUAAAACAGCAAUUGGAGGAAAGAGAAAGACAACGACGAUCUGAGAAGGAAAAAAAAUUGAGAGAGGAACGAGAAGAGGAGGAAAGAAUCAAAAAAGAAUGGGACAAGGAAAAACAAAGACUCGAGGAAGAGCAGAGGAGGCAAAAAGACAAGGAAACCGCGAAACUGAAGAAAGCCGAAGCCAUGAGGGAAGUAAUCGAAGCAGCAGAGCGCCUAGCGAAAGAAGAGAAAAAGCUCCGACGAAAACGUGAUGUCAACGAAAAUAGUGAAUCAAUUAAAAAUUCAUAUGACUCCACAAAAGAUCGUUUUCCAGAACGAGAUUUAUCCCGAUUAGAGCAGAUUGAAUCCCAAGUAGAGAAGGAUAGAAAAGAAAUGAAUAACCAAGGAGAAAACACCACAAUGAUAAAGGACAUUGAACUCAAUACUUCCGACGAAUCCAGAGAUAUAUCCAAAGAUUCAUCCAGAGAGAAAUCCAAUGAUACAUCCAGAGAUAAAUUCAAUGAUAAAUUCAAAGAUAAGUCUAAAGAUAUGAAUUCAAUUCGCAUUCCAGUUAGCAAGGACGUGGCGAUCGUUCUGAGCGGAAGACUCGACGAUCCGGAACUUUUGAGUAAAGCAAAUCUUCAAGUUGUCAAUCUUGUCAUGACACCAUCGCCGAGGAAGAACGAUGUCAAUCAAAUUUUGAGCGGAUUAAACGCAUUUGUCAAUUGCAAUUCGAACUACGUAACUUGUGCUAAAACGAAAGCUUCUCCCAGAUUUGUGGAGAAUCGACUACUAACACCGAGUAAAUACAGAACACAAAAUUCAAGAGACUAUGGCACGCAGACUGACACUGAAAAAGAAUUUCUCGAUCUGCAGAGUAGAAUACAAGAAAUGGAUAUCAAUUUCACGAAAGAGAGUAAAGAGGCCGCUAAUAAUAAUCAACGAGAUGUUGAAAAGUCGACUGCCACCAGCGCCGCCGAGGAAAUGACAGUAAAAACUUUACCCAGAGUUAAGAAGGAACCCCGGACGAGUCUCGCCUCACGACCACGAUGGAAUGCUAAUCGUCCAGGUACAAGAUAUCGGACGCAAAGUGAAAAGGACCCUCACUAUCAACGCCGUAUGAGUAUGAGACUCAGAAGACGUCGCACCGAAAGCAGCGACGAAGGUUCGAGAUCGCCGUCGCCAGAUCCAAGGAAAAAUAACAAUUCCAAACAGAAGACGAGAAUUUUAACAAGACGUAAGGCAAAGUUGGAUAGUUACGACGCUGAUUUGUCGAUGGAUAGUCUCAACUCUACUAUACCAUUGCGUUUUGACGAAAACGGGAGAAUCAAUAUUGUGGAGCAUAGAAACGAGCAUGGAAACAUAAAUAAGUAUAGUCAAUCUUCCAACUACCAGUCAAAUUUUCUACAGGAUAAUGUGGACUCGAAAAAUUGGUGCGGCCAAGAAAUUCUCUCACAUCUUUCCUCAUUGAGAAACGGACUUUUGAUAAUGCAGAAGCAAUCCUGUCCAGUGUCGCCAAUAACCGAACUUUAUUAAAAAAUUAGAAGCCAAAUAUUUGAUAUUUUAUUUUUGCGCAGCUUUAUUCUAAUUUUACUGUGUUAAAUUUCUGUUGUUUUAU